GUAUCUACACACAUCUAAUCCAUGUUGAUGCAGAAUAAAGUUAAGCUUUGGGUUGUCGGAGAUCGGAGGCCGGGAAAUAGGAAGGAACAUUUGGAUGAAAAGGGAAGUGGCAGGUUGCUAGGGCGAUGUUAGCCCCACCAACCCCGUAUUUAUGUCAACGCAGCCUCAUGCCCCAACCUCACGAAUCGCACAGCACUUCUGAAGACUCGUCGCCCUUUCAUCUGCCACCUGCCUGCAUCCAACCUCAGACACACUCAGCUCAAACCCACCGAACUAGCCCUUUCCACCAUCACGAGCAGUCCUCCAACCCCUUCAUCCCAUCCGACUCAAUCAGCUUGUCAGUCUUCCGGUCGAAUAGAUUUGGAAGGCUUUCAAGCCGAGUCAUCUUGAACUCGCCAGGCUGGAUUUCGACGCCAGAGUCCCGUGAGUUCAUGCUUACCUGCAGAUGGUGAUGCCUCUCUAACACCCUCCUCAGCAUCCCGUUCAGCGUCUUUCCCUCCACCUACCGGAACGGACAGACGUCGGACACCACUACCGUCCAGGCCGACGCCCACCUCACCGUCCAAGGCGCCGGACGGGACCGUGUGAACCAACAAGGUCAAUUCACCGA